AAUGAUUUCCGUCAAUUGAAUAAAUUAAUUGCGUGGUCCACAAAAUAUGGUGUCGCUUCUUUCCGUCUCAUUUGAGUCAUAUAAUUAUAUAGCGUAUGUACGCAUUCCAUUGCUCUCAAUAUCUCUCUCAUCUUCCAUUCCAUCGAUGAGGACGAUGAUAGACUUAGGGAGUGGGCGCCUCCACAGAAGGAUCGAGAGUCCGACCUCCGUGGAUUGCGGGCGCCAAGUAAGGGUGCGGCGGUCCCUCCGCAGCCUGGUGGAGUGCAUGAUCCCGGCGUGCUGCGCGUCGGAGUCGGUGUGGAGCGAGUCCGAGAGCAGCAGCAGCAGCGCCGUGACGUGCACCUUCUUCGGGCAGCGCAAGGGCAGGGUGAGCUUCUGCAUCCAAGAGGACAGCAAGGCGGCCCCUAUCCUCCUCCUCGAGUUCUCCGUCCCAACCGCCUACCUCGCCAGAGAGAUGCAGCACGGCCUCCUCCGCAUCGCCCUCGAGUCCCACCGCCGCCAUCUCUGGUCCAUGUAUUGCAACGGCAGGAAGGUCGGCUUCGCCAUCACCCGCCACAUGACGCCAGCCGACGCCGCCCUGCUCAGCCUCAUGCAGUCCGUUUCUGUCGGGGCUGGCCUGCUGCCGGACGCCGACCUCUUGUAUUUGAGAGCCACUUUCGACAGAGUCGUAGGCUCGCCGGACUCCGAGUCCUUUCACAUGAGAAAUCCCGCGGGAAGCUCCGCCCAGGAGCUCACUGUAUUUCUCUUGAGAUCUUAAUUACCUACCUUUACAUUAAUUUAAUUAUAGCAGCUCUUCUCAUCGCUUAAUUGCAACACAUAUACCAAUUAGUUUAUGAAUAUGUGCAGUUGAUCAGGUAAAUGAAAUUAGUAGUUGCGGAAGCGCACUACUUCUAAUUUGUAUGUUAUUUAUCAUUUACAUAUAUAUAAUACAGCAUGUCGCCUUCGGACGGACUGAUUAAUUAUACAUGCA